UUGCUUAUAUAUAUAUAUAUAUAUAUAUAUUUAUAUUAUAUUUUAAAUUGCUUAUUUAUAUAUUAUAUUAUAUUAUAUUUUAAAAUAUUUAUAUUUAUUUUUAUUUUAAAUUGCUUUAUUAUUAGCCCUUAUUUACUUACGGUAUUUUCUCCACCAUUCACUGCAAGUACUUUAUAUAAUUUACGACUGCUGGAAGGUCAACGAUUUUCAAAAGCUUUCGAAGCACUCAAAAGAGAUUUUCCCGAUAUAUUUCUAACAGGCAUCAAGUUCUGGCCGUUCAUUUUAUUGUUGAACUUCUAUUUUAUACCUCUUAAUUUUCGAGUAAUUUUUGUACAAAUUGCCGCUUUAUUGUGGAAUGCAUACUUCUCAUACCGUACGCAGUUGUGUGCAGGUUUAUAUCCAGACGUGUAUUAA